AUGGCUAUGGAAAUACUUGGAGAGAAUGCUCAAAGGGCAGCCAAAUGUGAAGUCAAAUUUAAUGGUGAAACAGGGUAUGAGAUCCAGGAUGGGCCAUAUAAACAUGUUGUUGACUUUAGGGCAUAUACCUGUACUUGUAGAUCAUGGCAACUCAAAGGAAUUCCAUGUGCACAUGCAAUUACAGCAAUGCAUUACAAGAACUAUGAGGUUGAGCCAUAUGUUGACCAUUGGUAUAGAAAGGAUACCUACCUUAAGGCAUAUAGCAGAUUCAUUCAACCUUUAACUAGUAUGAAUUUGUGGCCAACAAGCACACUGCCAGCUAUUGAGCCACCUAUUAUAACUGCAAUGCCGGGAAGGCCAAAGAAAAAAGGACAAAGGCUGCUGAUGAACCAAAGAAGAAGUUUGAGAAGGGUACAAGGAUAG